AUGUUCAGAGUUACUGGCAUUGCCACGGCGCGCGCAGUUGCGUUGCAGCCUUUCAGAGCGCCUUUGGGCGUCAUCCGUCGGUUUGGGAUCUCCGCCACGGCUAGUUAUGAGUUCCAGCACGGGCACGACAUGCAGUCGCGCAACGGCUCGCGGUGGGAUUCCCGCCGACAAGGAGAUAGACGGAGCUCUCGGUGGGAAGGCCGGGGCAGCGACAGGGAGGAUGGUGAGCGUGGGUCCCGCGGCGGCAUGUGGCGGAAGCCACAGGGCAGACGCGGCCGUACAGACGGCGCGGCGCGCGAGGGAUUCAGCCUCGGCCCCAACACCGAGGUGGUGCGUGUGGCCGACGAAGCUGCGGGGGUCGAAAGCACACCGCGGACCUUGGUGGAGGAGGGCGUGCUCAGCAACGAGCUGUACGAGAUGCUGCAGUCACGCGGCUUCGAUAAACUAACACCGGUGCAGCAGAAGACGCUGAAGCCGAUCCUGCAGACGGAGCACGAUGUGGUGGCACGGGCGAAAACUGGAACAGGUAAGACACUUGCGUUUCUGAUGCCGCUGUUCCAGCGGCUCUUGGAGGGGCCUCCUUCGGAAAAUGUCAAGGCUGUUGUGAUUGCACCAACCAGGGACUUGGCCGCGCAGAUCUUCAACGAGAUCAACGAGAUGCGCAACGCCAACAGGAAGCUUCGCCGUUUCAAUGCGGUUGUCAUGAUGGGCGGCUCCUCGCGGACUGAAACUUUCAGAUCCCUAGAGCGCAGGAGGCCCAAUAUCGUGGUUGCCACGCCCGGCCGGUUGAUCGACAUGCUCGAGGCUUGCGGUCCAAAGUACUUUACCGAGGUUGACUUCAAGGUUCUUGACGAGGCGGACACUCUUCUGGAGAUUGGGUUCAAGCAGGCGCUGGAGCAGAUCAACGACAUAUUGAACCAGCUCAACCAGAAGGGCACCACGCACAUUCGUACGCUCUUGGUCUCUGCGACACUGGAUGACAAAGUGCAGUCGCUCGCGAACAGCAUCAUGAACCACGCAAAGUGCCUGUUCAUCGAUACUGUGGAUCCUAAUGAGCAGGCCACGAACGAGAAUAUUGCGCAGAAGGUUGUUAUCUCGAAGGACUUUGCCGAUAACAUCACUGCGUCGUUGUACAAGAUUCGCGAAGAGGCGUCGGCUAACCCGAAGCUGAAGGCCAUUGUAUUCAUGCCAACGAUCGUUGCUGUGGAAUACUGGGGGGAACUACUGCAGUCCCAAUGCCGCGGUACCCCUGUUCUUCUGUUCCAUGGUGGUUUGAGCCAGGGCCGCAGAAACUCUACCAUGAAACGGUUCAGAGCGAUGGACAGCGGCAUCCUGGUCUGUACUGAUGUUGCCGCGCGUGGGAUGGACGUCUCAGACGUACAGCACGUGUACCAGGUUGGCGUCCCAACCUCUCCAGACAACUACAUUCACAGAAUUGGUCGGACUGGCCGUGCUGGCAGAAAGGGUAGCUCCACGAUCUUCCUCGCCGAACACGAGUUAUGCAUCCUGGACAUCCUAAGAAGAAAGAACAACGUCGUCAUCUCCGACCAGGAGACCUUCGACGCGGCUGCGCAGGAACUGUCCGAUGUACGCGAGGCCUUUUCGCUGGACCGGGAUCGCCUGCACGAUUUCCUGUUGAAGAACCUCAGUUUCUAUAGAGGCUCACAGGGUGAGUACGACUUCCCGCUUGAGGCGUACAUCUCGAUCGCGCGCGCAUACGGCACCCUGCUGGGUGACAGCAAUCAGAGGUUGACGCUUUCUGGAAGGAUGCUUACGACAUUUGUUCCAAACCACCCUGCAGUCUGCUCCCUGUUCAAUAUUAUCGGUCCUGUCAACAGCAAGUCGUCUUAUGGCUUCCGCGACACCAACAAGCGCCAUCGCAGGGGUCGGUUAGAUGACUCCGGAAGGCUGGAAUACAGCAAGAAGCGCCAUUCCUAUGCGAGAAGCUACUCUCCUUCCAUCAGCGAUGGUUUUUAA